AUGCCCUCUGCUUGUUGGGACCAAUAUCUCGACAGAGCUGGAGCCGUACCGUCGAAUAGCCAGUCUCCUAAAUCCUUAGGUUCUAACGUAAAGGAGCUCGGCUCCUGCGACACCGGCUUCGUGUUCUACAGCUGCCAUGACGCGUUCGUGGGCUGUUGCGCCGUGGAUGCGUGUACCUCGGGCGGGUGUCCGGAGGACGCUGUGCAGCCGGAGGAGACACCUGCGGCUGCUAUGUCGACGUCAAAUAGUGAUGCCAGGACAGAAACGGCGACUACUCCCACGAGUAUCCAUAGUAUGCCGUCUCCGGUCAUCACCACCACCACCACCAUCAGCAGCAGCAGUCCUAAGCUUCCUACAAGAUCAUCAGGGACUGCUACAGAAACCAUCGCCCCACCAACGCCCUUAUCCCCGUUCCCAGACCCGUCAUCAUCUUCAUCAUCAUCACUCCCAGAAACACCAACACCAACAUCGAUAUCAACAACAGCAACCUCGACUCCAGCAGCUCCGCAAAACAGCGGCUCUGGUAGGGAUAUGCGUAAGCAGCACCAUCAUCUUCCUGACGCUCCUCUUCGUCGCCGGACUCCUCGUCCGCCGCCGCCGCAUCGCGAAGCGCAUGUCCGCCAAGCCCCUGCCUAA